UAGUAAAAAAAUCAAGCGAACUACGCCAACUGGAAAUUGACUGAAAUAAGUAAACAUAGCAACAACAACAGUCAACAAUAAAUGCGGAGGAAGCAUGGCUUUCAAGUCAGGCAUGGAUGAGCUGGUGGUGGAAGCAACAGGCAAAAGCAAAUAGCGACUAACCAAGUGUUAGCGCUCUGGCGAGAUCAGUUUAAACGAGACAGCCAAGUGGAAAAGUUAGCUAGCGCGGAUAGAACGAGUCAAGCACCAGAGUGUCGAAACUUGUGGAAAACGUGAAAAUUAGAUAGAACUGAAUUGCAAGUGGUGACUAAGAUUUAAUGAGCGCGAAUUAAAUCGUUUGUUUUUUUUCUAUUGGACGUUGAUGCGUCGCCAAUUAUAAUCAAACAGUAGCGGUGAUUGCAAGUGGUAGCGGCUAAGAAGCGCUUGCUGUGAAAUAGUGUAGAAAAAUAAUAUUACAAGUAAAAAAAAAAAAACAAAAAACACAACAGUCAAAGUUACUCUAGUGAAGUGCCGCGCAAAAGUUAAGUGUAAUUGACAAAGCGUUAAUUCUAGAAAUUCCGUUGGACGAAAGCGUGCAAUUCAGCAGAAGCAAAAAAUUCAUAGUUGAGUCAACUGCGCAGCGAAAGCUUAAAAGAAACAAUAAAAAAAGAAGGAAAGACUUAAGCGCCGAACGCGAUGACCACACAAGCACACACGCUGCAGCAGAUGACGGCAGCAAGGAGCCAGCUGCUUGCGGCCUUGCUAAUUUUCGCUAACCUACUGGUUAGUCAGGUUGCUACACAAGAACUUUCGCCACCAAAUGAGUUUGCUCCCCACGUAACGGCGACAUGCAAAUCCGGCACAAUGAAUAUCAAAGUGAAAUUCAACGGUCCCUACACGGGUGCAGUGCAUGCGCGCGAUCAUCGAAAUGCUGCCUGCAUGGCCAUGGGUGACGGCUCCGAAGCGGUCGGCUUCAGCAUAAAUCUGUUGGCGAAGCAGGGUGCGCCCGAUUAUUGUGGCGUGCUGGUCAGCAACGUGAGUGGUGCCAAUCGUACAGAGGAACGUUCGAUACAGUUGGCGGUACGAGUACAUAAAACACUGGAAUUGGCGGAUGAUAAGUUUUAUGUUAUUACAUGUGGAAAAUCCGGGUUUGGACGCGAUGACAAUGCGCAUGUCAUCUUGAAGUUCUUGGAGAAUGAUCGUCGUGUACGUGAAACGGUUUAUGGCCAUGAGUAUAAAAUCCGCGCAGAAUUAACGAAGCCAAAUGGUACUUAUGGCAUAAGAGUCGCAAACUGUUUCGCUUUUGACAAGAAGAAUAUCAGUAUACCGCUAAUUGAUGACAGAGGCUGUCCCGUGGAUGAGGCUAUUAUUUCUCGUUUUUUGCCAACCCCUGAUGGGCACAGCGCUGAAGCGACACUUAAUUCGAUGUUCAAAUUUCCAGAAGGCUCCGAAGUGCAUCUACAAUGCGAUGUGAUACAAUGUUAUGGUCGUUGUAUGGAUGAUGAGGACUGCAAACAGAUCGCUUUGGCCGGCGCGGGUGGUGUAAGCAAAGGUGGCAAUCGUAAAUUGGCUCCAAAUGAAGAGGGUUCUAGUAUUGCAGGCACCACUGUAUUUGUACUUGAUCCAGCAAAGGCGCCAUUAAUCAGCGGUGACUGUGAAGAUGGCAUUCGCCCACCAUGGCUACUCUGGUUGGCCAUCACACUCGGCGUGCUCUUCUUAAUCAUGUUGCUGAUGAAUAUUUUCCUUUGUACCGCAAUGAGCUGCAGUUGUGCGAAUACCGAGAUCAUCGAAAAAGAACCAUCCAUCAUUGAAGAAUACGAUCCGUACCGAAGUUGGCAUGGUAGUCAGUAUGGAUCGCGUUACUCACUGCAUGGGCGCGACGCGCAUAAAGGUUACACAAGCGGUGGCUCAACGAUACACUCGAAUAGGUCGAUUCCCAUUGACAAUGACAAUUAUGCGAUUGUACAUUCGCGUCCCGGCUCUAGGCAAAACGGACAAGCGCAAGGACACCGCAACCGCGGACCGCCCAGUAAUAUGUAACACACAAAUAUUCGACUAUUUAAUGCUAACUGCUAACGUUAAGUACAAUUAUAAGAAUUAAAAUUAAAAAAUAUAAAUAUUAAUUUAAUCUUAAAAAAAAGAAAUAAAUCGAAAUGUAUAUAAAAAUUUUAUGUAGCUACAGCUCUUUUACUGUACACUCUUCUUAUCCUUGCACUUUGGCUUUCGAUACUUUCCGAAACUAACGAAAUCACUCAAUUCUCAAUGAGCUGCAAUGUUCCAGAGAUUUUCAGCGUUAUUCAUUAACGAUUGUACUUAAAUUAAAAAGUAAAAUUCAUUAAAAACAAAAUUUCAUUUCAUUUUGUAAUUUCAUAAACUUCCUGUAACUGCAAUGUCACAAAUUAUAAAAAAAAAAUGUGGUGAAUGCAAGUUUUAAAAUUAUGCGCUACUGUAUUAUAAUAAUUUUAACAUAAUUUAAUUGUGACUUCUUCCAGCUCCUACUAAUCCGUAAGGCGCUGCUUUCACAUGCAAUUUUUCAGUGCUGCCACUGUGUUAUCGCUUUUCUUCAUUCGUAUACAAGCAUAAAUUGUUCCGUUUGGUUGAAGAGCAAUUCCAAGGUAGCGAGCUUCUAUUGGAUUCUAGAAUACUAAACUGGACCAGUUGCAAAUCUAAAAAUUGCAUGUCAGCACAGUGCCUAACUGAAAGCCCGAAACAUAUCUACAUAUGCACACUAACCCAGUUGUAUUAUUUUUUCUUUUAAAAAUGAAUAAAAGUAAGAAACUAUAGAUACAAUUAAGUCAUUAGUUUAGUAAGUUGCGAAUUAAAAAUUCUUGAAUUCGAUUGGCAUUUAAAUAUAAAUGAAUUAUUUGGAAAAUAUUUUUAUAUAAAUACAAAAAAUAAAAAUAAAAAAUAAACCAAAACUGUGCACAAAAUUAUGAAAUUAUUUUAUGCUGACGAUAUGCGUGUAAUUAUGUACGUAAAUUUUUAUGGUUAUGUUAAAAAUAAUUAAUAAAUAAAAGUCGGACUAAU